UAAAAUGAAUAUGUUGCUAAUUCGAUGCUUAAAUUUAAAUCUAUAUUUAGUGCAUCCUAUUUAAAUGGUAAAUCGUAUUUCGAGUUAUGUCGAUUUUUGGACGAUAGCACUCGAGUGCUUCGAUACGAUUAAUGUAAAGUAUCAUUGUAGAUAUAAGUGACAAUAAAUACAGAUACAAAGCGCCCUCAUGAAAAGUGUACUAAUUUUCAAGUGGCAAACGCGCUUAACCAUUAUCUUCGACAAAUGUUUUCUUCCUUUGCUAGCUCUGCUGACCCGCUAGCCUCUGCUGAUAGAGAACCGGCAAAAUGGACGGUAUCGCAUUGAACGCGUCCGAUCAUGUCUUAGAAGUGAUUUUCUCUUAUCUAGAUUUGCACACUUUAAAAAACUGUGCAUUGGUAUGUAAGAGGUGGUAUAAAUUCUUAAGGGAUGAAAAUAAUGAUGUAUGGAGAAUGCAUUGUAUUAGAACAUUAGCUCAAGAAGCACUUAGUUCUGAUUUAUUAUCAUCGGUACCCACUUACAAAGCGAAACUUCGAGCAUAUUAUCAUGCUUGGAAUCCUAACGAUUGUUCGCGUAAUGUUUAUAUCAAGUCAAAUGGAUUUACAUUGCAUAGGAAUCCUGUUGCACAAAGCACAGAUGCUUGUAGAGGUAAAAUAGGUUUUCGGCAUGGACGUCAUGCAUGGGAAGUAAUAUGGGAAGGACCAUUAGGUACAGUAGCUGUUGUAGGUAUAGCUACAAAAGAGGCGUCUUUGUUAUGUCAUGGAUAUGUAGCUUUGCUUGGAUCUGAUGAACACUCUUGGGGGUGGAAUCUCGUUGACAAUCAUUUACUACACAAUGGAGAUGCACAAGGGAGUUAUCCAUUACUCAAUAAUGCUCCAACAUACCAGAUAGGAGAAAAAAUCAGAGUCAUACUGGACUGUGAUGAUAACACAUUGUCAUUUGAAAAGAAUUAUGAGUUUCUAGGUGUAGCUUUUAGAGGGUUACCAGAUAAAAGGUUAUAUCCAUCGGUUUCUGCAGUAUAUGGAAAUUCAGAAAUAUCAAUGGUGUACAUAGGGCCACCUCUAGAUGGCUAACGUUUUACUUCCAACAAAAAGAUAUAUUUGAAUACUUAUUCAAAACUACAUUCUGCAGUUUGCUGCAGAGCUUGUGGCAUCUUAUAUCGACGUAUCUACGUUUCAGUAGAUCUAGCACACUAAAAGAUAUGAUUCUCUUAUUGGAGAAUGUGUGCCUACUAAAUUACGUGGUUGGUAAUACUGUAAAUAGUUAGUUUUAUUAUUGUAUUUUAGAUGGAGUGUUAUUAAUUGCACAACAUCAUUCAAUUAUUUCAAUUUUUCUUUUAUCAGAUCCAUUAUAAGGUCAUAUAAUAAUGAUCAUGAUAUAGGAUAAAAGUAUUUUUAUGAAUUCCAACCAUAUAAUUUCAAUAUUAUACUGGAACUGAAUUUAAUAUAAAUUUUAAUCGUUCUUUUAACCAGUUUAUAAAACACUCAAAUUCCUAUUUAUU